CACAGCAACCCACAGCAACUCUUCCUCUUCGCGCUGUUUUGUUUCCUUUUGGAAAAAAUCUAUUGUCGCAGCGAAGUGCAGUAAAAACAAACAAAAUGCAAGGAGUUGGUGCGAAUUCACAGGAGCUUAACACUUUGCCGGUGACUACAUUUCAAUCGGAUGAUCUUCUCGAAAAGCUGAAAAUGCUGAACUAUGAGAAACACCUUUUGAAUGAAUUCAAGAUGAAGCCGCUGUCGCGUUUCUACUUUGUCAAAUCGUUUAAUCCAGGCGAGCAAUUUUUCAUGUUUACGCUCAUCUGCUGGUGGUUGUGUCGAAAGCUGGGCAAAGACAUGGAAAGACCACAAGAAUUCGAUGACCCCAACACAGUGAUUGCCAAAAUUGUGCAAGUGCUGGGUGAAAUGGAUGUGCCCGUUGACUUUCCACCUAACAAAUUAAUUCGUGGCGCUGGCCCCAUUUGCUUGACAGUUUUGGACAUUCUCGCAACACAAGCAACCAAAGUGGCGCAGAUCACCUACAAUCGCCCGCACAUAGCGCAGGAGGAUGAGGUGGCCACCGACUAUUUAGAGGAUAAUGCCGAAAUUAUAUUGGAAAAACUGGAGGAUGAACAGAAUGCCGCACUAAGCGACGAUAGCGAUAUGGAAGUUAAUAGUGGUGGUGGUUUUAAAAAUCUCAACUGGAUAAAUCGUGCUCGGCGAUCGGAGCGCAAUCACAAUAUCGAUUUACCAGAUGAUGACUCGGCGGCGGAGCAGUUUACUGAUCAGCAACAGUGGCGGCAGGAGUUUGAGCGUGUGCUGCCACAUUUGAAGGUUUACGUUAAAGCGGAUGCACGCGAUUGGCGUACACAUUUUAGUCAAAUCGAGACACUGAAGGCAAGCAUCGAAGAGUGCUCCGAGGAUACCCAAGCCCAGUUGAAGAAGUUACACAGCGAGUUUACUUUCAGUCUGGAGAAGAUCGAAAGCCGUGAGAAGCAUUUGAAUAAUGAGUUGCAGUCAUAUGUGGGCCAAUUUAAGGAAAUCUCAGUUGAGUUGUCCAAUGUGCAGCAUGCACAAACACAGGUACAGACCGACACAGAGACGCUGAUGUCGCAACUGAGUGCUGUGGUGCAAGAAAAUGACAUCAAGAAAAGUGAAAUGGAGCGACGCGGACAAUCCAUGUCGGAUGGUAGCUCUGUGGUGAACAUCAAGAAAGCUAUUAGCAAGUUGAAAGAAGACACGGCACAGUUAAAUUUGGAAGUUGCGCUGUUGGUGCAUGGCAUUGAUCAGGAUAUCCUGCGUCAGGCGGGUAGUUUUGCUGAAGUUGACUCCGGCAAUGAGUCGGCCUCUGUGAAGGCUUUUUAAAAG